UAUGUUUUGAGUGCCACUGUAUUAACCAAUUUCCUAACUGGUUGCCGGGAAACCAAAAUAAAAAAUAAAUAAAUGACAAUCAGUCGGAAAAUUGGAGAGGAAUUAUAUAUUUUAUUACUUUUAAAAUAGUUUUAUUAUAAAAACGUGAGAAUAACUAAUUAUACUCAAUGGCUUUCAAUCGUCGUCUGUCUUUUAUAGCAGAAUGGUACCAAGAGGAAGCGGCAAUUAUACGUGCUUUUACUAUAUUCUUUUUUCCAACGGGUAAUGCAAUAGAAGUGUAUGAUCAACAACACAAACGCACUUUUCUCCGGCGUACUAAAAUGCCUGAACUUUCUGAACGCGAUUUUUUCAUAGGUUCGAAAAUCAACAUCUUUGGAAGACAAUUUGACAUUGUUGACUAUGCUGAUGACAUAACUAAGAAUACACUUGACAAAUAUCGUAAAAAAACCUUUCUGCUGCUAAAAAACAUGUGCAUUCAACACUUAGGCACUGUCCUCUGUGCUCUCAUAGAUUCGAAUUUUAGCAUAAACAGAGGCCUAAUGGUGCAAUUCACACCGGAACAAGUAAAGCAGUUCUUGAGCAAUAAACGCAAUGUAGAAGCUUCGAGUAUGCUGAUGAAUCAGUUAAUCGGUGGUCCUUCAAUGGGUUUCGAAGUAAUCGCUGAUAAUGCAGUACAGAAGAUUAAAUUUUGCAGAGACCAAAGUAAGGAAUGUUCUAAUGAUAACACAGUUGCCUCUCUUGUUACCUUAUUCGAACGGGAAGAUAUGCGCAUAGGUAUUUACUGUCCACAUGAUGAGGAGGAGGCUGAACAGGAUCUCAAUUUCUUUUUUAAUCCAAAAAAUGGCUUGCAAGCCACACUGCGUUUGAAAAAUUCGACAUUAAGCAUCAUUAAACCGCAUUGUAUUAAAGAUGGUAAUUUGGGACGAAUAGUAUCUGAAAUUACCAAUAAUGGAUUCAAAAUAACCGGACUGCGUAUGAAUUUGAUGGAACGAGUGAAUUGUGAGGAAUUUUUCGAAGUUUAUCGUGGAAUAUUGCCGGAAUAUAUUCCAAUGGUGGCACAACUCGCAAGCGGUGUAAGUAUGGCAUUGGAGCUAGUGUCAGCCGAUGAAAACAAAAAUAGCUAUGAGGAAUUCAGACAGUUUUGUGGGCCAAUGGAUCCAGAAAUUGCUAAAAUGUUACGUCCACAUACCUUACGUGCCAAGUUUGGAGUUAGUAAAACAUUAAAUGCAGUUCAUUGCACUGAUUUGCCAGAUGAUACAAUUUUGGAAUUACAAUAUAUCUUUAAAAUUUUAGACUAGGAGAUAUUUCAUAUUCAAUUUAAAUACGAAAUUGUACAAAUAAAUAAAUUUGGCCGCUUUA